CUGCGGCGUAGGAAAGUACGCAAGCCUUUUCUGAGCAAGUCAAAGCACGAAAAAUGAUCUCGCAUUUUUACCUCGAUAUCUUUACGUCAUAAUGCACUGCAAGCGGGGCAACAUCCGCUUCCUAUUAGAGAGAAGGAACAAGGACGUGCGGCCGUGAUCCCGUGGUUGUUGUGGUGCUGUGCCAAACUGAGCGAUUGUGUGAACUGCGGGGAUAUGUUUCGUAUGUUUCGCUGACGACACAUUACGCUCGAACCAGACAGCUGACCGCUUACGACCUUACUCAUUGUCUCUUGGUUGUAAAACGUCAUGGUUAGGACAAUUUGUGUUUCACUGUAGAAACUGAUGCUUCUGUCCAAAAUGAACGUCGGCCUUAUAGACGCGGUAAAGUCAACUGCAGGUCAACUGUACAAUACUGUAAAUGCACGAUUGGUGGGCAGUCAAGUGCCAAGAGACUGCCUGCCUCGCAGCUCGAAGUCUUGCUCUGCAGAUGAUAUGAAACUAAUUGAUGCAGAACUUGGUCUUUCCGAGGAGCACUUCUCUUCGAGCCCCGAGGGGCUGCUUAGGUUUUCUACCAUCGAAGAUCUAGAAACCGCCAUAGAGCAUUGCAAGGAGAUGAUUCUUGACUCUGAGGAGAACUCUGAAAAGCGCAAGACGUUGGUUAUCAGACUAGUUCAGCUUAGACAAAAACUGCAAGAGAUUAAGGAUGGGCCACCUGAGGAGAAAGCAGAAGACAUUAAAGUUGUUAUGGAACACCAGUUUGAACCACGUACAUAUGAACGUGCUCAGCAAUAUUGUGAAAAGUGCUGUGGUAGCAUCUGGGGUGUGCUGUAUGGCUUCUACCAAUGCAAAAAUUGCAAUUUCAAAUGCCACAACAAGUGUCUGAACAGCAUCACAAGGAAAUGUGCUUAUGUACGGAUGCAGGAGAAGAGUGAAUUUGUGUUGGAGAUCUGCCCUGAGCAGGGGUUGUCAGCCCAAGGCUAUCGAUGUGCCGAGUGUGGCCAGAAUGUUUUUCCUCGGUUUGUGGUGCUGGGUGAGGCCGCAAGUGCACUCAUGCCUGCUGCCCUUCGCUCCCUGGCAGAGCAAGGGCAACCACGGCGCUGCGAAUAUACCGGCCGUUAUUACUGCUCACUCUGCCAUUGGAACAGCUACUCUGUGGUGCCUGCGCGUGUUCUCCACAACUGGGACUUCGAGCCACGCAAGGUGUGUCGAGCAUCGCUGCAGUUUCUUCGACUCAUGGUCAAAAAGCCAGUUCUCAACAUUGACAAACUCAACCCUAUGUUGUUCACAUUUGUUGAAGACCUUCGACAUGUCAAGAAACUGCGAGAGGACGUUUUGCGGAUGAAGCAGUACCUGACCCUUUGCCAUGCAGCACAGCAGCAAAAAUUGCUGCUGCUGUUGCACAAGCGACAACACUUUGUUGAAGGAAGCGAGUUAUACUCCCUGCAAGAUCUCAUUGACCUGCAUGAUGGCAACUUGUUGGGCUAUUUAACCCAGGUGCACCAGGUCUUCCUUGACCACAUCACUAAGAACUGUGAAGGAUGUCGUGGAAGAGGCUAUUUGUGCAAGCUGUGCAACAAUGAAGAAGUUAUUUUUCCACUUGGAGGCGACACUCAUACCUGUCCCGACUGUGGUGCUGUUUAUCACAGGGAAUGCCAGGAGAAAUCCCAGGAUCCUUGCCCGUGGUGUGAAUGGAAAGCCCGUCAACAACACAAGACAGUUGGAAACACGCCCGAGCUUCCAGGCUCUUGAUUUUACUAUGUGAGGAGGAAGUGUCACUAAAGCAUCAGUCUGUAUACUAG